AUGGCAGCCGAAGACCUGAAGAUAUGGACUGAGGAAGGGUUGCGCAAAGCAAGGCGACGGGCCAAAGUACGUGAGAAUGUGUGCCGAUUCAGACAACGGCGGAAGCAGCUCAGAAUCGAUCAGCAGCAGCAGCAUGAUCAUGCUGUCUCAAAAUGCCCGCAGGCUUCUUCUGACCUCGUUGAAGGAUCCAUCAAGGGAAGUGGGCGAACAGAGCUUCCUGCAACCGACAGCACGAUUUUGGCACAACUCAACUCUGGCCAAUACUAUGCCACCUUCCUCCAAAAGUUUCUCCAAUCCUACUUGCCCGUGUCUACGCUCCAAGCUGUUUCUUCAGGACUCGGCGCCGCCGGACAUGAGCAGCUGUGCGAAGCCUGGAUCAUACAAUCCUACCAUGACGCUUCUGUCCAUCCUAAGAGUUCUGUUGGUAAAGCCAUACUCACAAACUCGUACCUGAUCAUAGGAACCAUACACAAUGAGAAAGGCCUCAUCUCGACAGGUCUCCACAAUUAUCAAAAACUGCUGCUCGAAACACACCAACGAUUGCAACUCCUAGCGUUCGAUCCCAGGAAAGGAGCAGAUGUGGACGACCUCCAGACAUGCCUUUGGCUCGCGUUCGUCGAAUUAUCCGUCAACAAGUCCUUUGCCAAUUUCUGCAAACAUACGAAUGGGCUAGAAGCGAUCUUCGAGGUAGCUGGGCCCGAGUGUCUCGAAGAUCGAAGAUUCCGCACUGUGUUCCUGGAGUUUAGGGUCGUUCAACUAUCAAAUGCUUGCUUACAGCGCAGACGUCCAUUCUUUGCGGCCGACGAAUGGGUAUCUUUUCCUGGCAAGGAACAAUGCAGAGAGGCCACAGGUUCAUUCCAUAGUCUGGGUGAUAUUGGAUGUCAGAUUCCAGGUUUACUCCAUGAGAUAUACGACAGCUCUGCGCCAAGUGCGGAGAGGAUUCUGGAAUUGCUCGACAGGUUGCAAAGAGUUCGGCGAGCUUUACACGGCUGGUUUCAACAUCUCAUGAGGCGAAACCACGAGGCCCAAAUCAUUGUGUACAAGCCCGGCGACAGCAAAAGUUUGUUCGACCGUACAGUACAAUUUCCUUCCUUCGCAGUGGCGCUGACGCUUUUGUGGUACUCGGCCUUUCGCAUAUAUUGCACACAGGCCAUUGCUCACCUAUGUCGGACAUUAAAGGGCUAUAUUGCCAAGACUCUUUUCAAACACGAAUUCGAUGGCGCUCUCACAGAACUGCUCUCCACUUGUCGUUUCGUCUGCCGCUCGAUGGACUGGAUGCUUGAUAGUGAGCAAGGACUUGUAGCAAAGAUGGCGGCACACUUUCCACUGACUGCCGCGAUCAAAGCUAUGGGCGUUCUACAUUGCGAACAUGGCCAAGACAUGAGCAAGGACUUGCAGCGGUGCGGUGUUCUUCUGACACGGUUCGAAGACGUAGGAAUUACAUGGCCAAGAGGCGAAGUCCGAGAAUAUGCGUCCUUGCUGGUUGGACCCUGA